AUGCGUGGUGGCCGUAAUAAAUUUGGUUCAUAUUAUAAACGUGAUCGUGCACAACGCAUGCAACGCAUAGCGUUACGAGCUAAUGGAACACAUAAUUUUUUCAAUCAGAAUGCAACCGAGCAACAAGUUUCUAGCAGUACACCAACUGGAUUAGCAGUAACAGCAGCAGCAACUGCAGCAGCUGCUGUACAUGCACAAUAUUUCGAUGCAAGUGGAAGUCAAAAAUUCAAAAAUGACUAUGAUGCAUUGCUACAAUCACCAACACUUUCAAGCAGUACGCAACCCCCAACAAAUUACGUGGUGCCACGACCGAGUGCAUAUUUGCCAAAUUGUGAUAACUUGGCUGCUUUAUUGGGGUCAUCAAUCGAUGAUCCAUUGUUGCGUAGCUCAUCGUUUCCUAUCUAUUCCUGUGUUAAGCCAGAACCGUUUGAUGGCUAUACUGAAGCUAGUUUUUCGCAACCCUCACUUCCUACCGAUUAUUCACCAUUCUGUCCACCAACUUCAUCCUAUACAGCAAUGACGGCAAUGGCACCGGUAGCGGUAGCAUCAGCAGCUCCGACAGCUGGUACUACGGCAGAUCGUUCCUCACCACUGCUACCCAUCUGUCCGUUACCAACCGAGAAAACCAUUGACAGUAAAGGUGACAAAACCCGAGAUGCAUUCCAAUUCUGUAAGUCGGUUAUCGAAGAAAGCCUCAAUUCAAUUGUUACAUGGGCUAAAAAUGCACCAUAUUUCGAGCAAUUGCCGGCAAGUUUAUUCAAAUUAUAAUUACCCGUAUCUACCAUUUGCUUAAUGGGUUUUGAUACAUUAGUACCAAAGUUCAAUGAAUUAUGCAACAAAUUACAAUCGUUGAAUUUCGAUCGCUUUGAUUAUGCGGCAUUUAAAGUGUUAACACUGUUUGAAGAUCGAGCUAAGAUUAUCAAACGAACGUUAUCGUAUACAUUUUUGGUUAUCAAACAAACACUACUGUAUACAUAUUUACGGGAUAUAUGGAUUGAAUUACAGAAAGAUAUGCAAAUUGUAGGCGAACGAAGUGCAAUAAACAAUUGCGCUCUGAUAGCUCAAGUUCAUGCAUCGAUACUCGCAGCAUGGGCAGCAUAUCGUUCUGUACCAACUGCUACCGAUCAUCCGUUAUAUGUUGUUUAUGAGGAACUAAAGCUUCUUGCACGCCAAGCGGCUCACUUACUCAGUAAAUAUUCGACAGUUGGAAUGGAAGAAAAUUUACUGAAAGAGAUGCUAACACGUAAAGAGCAUCAUUUAGUUUCACAACAACAACCAUCAUCAAUACCACCACCACAACAACAACAAUAUGCAUAG